CAGAACGGAUCAUUACAACUCUGGGCGCCGUACAAAUACACUUACAGCAGCAAUACAAAUUCAGACUGGACCUGUUAUCCGAGGAAAUGGCGAUCCGUAACUUUGCUAUUGAGUAUGACGCCUUAAAUGAUCGCAACACCUUCAGCAAUGGGGAUACUUUGGUGGGCAGAGUUAUCAUGGAAGUGUCAAAGGAAACCAAAAUCAAGGCUCUGACUUUCAAGGUGAAAGGCAAGGCUGAUGUGUCAUGGACUGAGACGCAAGGGGAAGACAGUGUGACGUACUGGGAUAAAGAAAAGUAUUUCUCACAAACUCAAUCUGUUUUACCGGAGGAUAACGAAGGCUCUAUAACUCUUGUGGCUGGCAGACAUGCCUUACCUUUUGCCUUUCAGCUUCCCUACCAGGGCCUGCCUUCAUCUUUUAAAGGUGCUCAUGGUAAAAUUCAUUACCGAAUUUCAGCCAAGUUGAGCAGGUUUAUGCGUACAGCAAGUAAAGCUGAAGCCAAGUUUACCUUCGUUGCCAGAGCUGAUUAUGACCAGUCAACAAUGAUGGCAUCUCAACACGGCAGUAAAGACAAAGAUGUCAUAUUUUUUGCCUCUGGAAAUAUUUCGAUGAAUAUUUUCCUGCCAAAGACAGGCUACCAGCAAGGUGAAAGGCUAGUUGUCAACGGUGAGAUUGUAAACAGCUCAACUCGAAAAAUUGUGCCAAAGUACAUUAUCUACCAGAAGCAAAGCUUCUUUGCUGGAGGCCAGAGAGCUGUUCAUACCACCCAGAUACUGAAGGAUAAAGGAGAGCCUUUAGUGUCCUCCACCAGACAGAAUCUGUCAAAAGUAUUAGUCCUUCCCACAGAAAUCAGCACCACCAUCCAGAACUGCAGAAUCCUCAAGGUCGAAUACAGACUGAAGGUUAUUUUGGAAGUAUCGUUCACUAAAAACCCUGUGAUUAAACUCCCGUUGAUCAUACUGCCUCAACAUGACGGGACCUCAUCCAAAGAGAUGGAGGCAGGACUACAUAGAGACCUGGCCAAAAUGAAUAUUUGAAAUUAAUAUAAGCAAUGAGCACUAGAUUUGUUUGCACUUUUGUUUUACACUUAUUGUAUCCUACUAUAAAAAUUCUUUUAUUUUCGAAAAUGUGAAAUGAUAUAUGACAAAUAAGCAAAAAUGUGAUAUAUUUCUCAU